AUGAGGCUGCAAUAUGAAACUUGGAGUGCCAGAAAAAUCAAAGAAGUUAAGGUCACCAGACCAAUCGAUGCUAACAGAUUUCCAAAUGCAAAAUUCAAUGUUGCCAGAGGUUCUACGAGUCAAGUUCAUGUGUUCACUCUCGCAGACCUCCCAUGUAUCAAUCCUUAUGAAUGGAUAAUUCUCUACAAGUUGUUGCUACGAGAGACACAGAAGUACGAAGCUGUCAUCCAUUACCUUAAGCUUAUGAUCAUUUUGUAUAUCCAAGAGGUGGGCACUAUGGAUGUAGAGAUAGUUGAAGUGUUAUGA